AAAUAUUUAGAAUACACUCUUUCUAUAGCUUCUCCAGUUCAUACAAUUCUUCUCCACUUCUCUCUUUUCUCUCUCUUUCUUUGAUCUCAUAAAAAACCCUAAUUUCCGAUCGGGAAUCCCAACUUUUCCCCCAAAUUCACUUCUGAUUAUCAGUCCCACUUUUCUUCCCAAUUUUAGGAUCCUUAUUUGAUCCUCAUAUUUUAACAGUGAUAAUUGAGAAAAAGAAGCCCUAACCUUUUUUAUUUAAUUUUCUAACUUUUUAAAACUCUUCGAUCAAUUCUCGGUUGCUUUGAGAAUUGAUCGAUUCUCUGAAUCUUUAUUUCUUGAAAUGCUCUUUUUUUGCUCAACAUGAAGCUCAAGCGAAGGAGGUAUUUAGAAGUGCCUCCCAAAAUCAGAUCCUUCAUCAAUAGCGUGACUUCUGUGCCGCUGGAAAAUAUAGAGGAACCUCUGAAAGAUUUUGUUUGGGAGUUUGAUAAGGGAGAUUUUCAUCAUUGGGUUGAGCUUUUUAACCAUUUUGACAAAUUUUUUGAGAAGCAUAUAAAACCAAGGAAAGAUUUGCAGGUUGAGGAUAAUUUUUUUGGAUCUGAUCCUCCUUUCCCCAGGGAAGCAGUUCUUCAAAUUCUUCGUGUUAGAAGACUAGUCUUGGACAACUGCACAAAUAAGCAUUUUUAUAGCUCUUAUGAGCAGCAUCUGUCAUCCUUGCUUGCAUCGACUGAUGCUGAUGUUGUCGAGGCUUGCUUGCAAACUUUAGCUGCUUUCUUGAAGAAAACAAUUGGAAAGUACUCUGUCAGAGAUGCAUCUCUGAGUUCUAAGUUAUUUGCACUUGCACAAGGUUGGGGGGGAAAAGAAGAGGGUCUAGGAUUGAUUGCAUGUGCUAUACAGAAUGGAUGCGAUACAGUUGCUUAUGAUCUUGGGUGUACUCUACAUUUUGAGUUCUAUGCAUCAAAUAAGGUCUCUUCCUCUGAACAGUCUACCCGAGGUUUACAAAUUAUUCAUUUACCUAAUAUCAACACUCAUCCAGAGACUGAUUUGGAGCUCUUGAAUAAAUUAGUUGGUGAAUAUAAGGUACCAGCCAAUUUAAGAUUUUCUUUAUUAUCAAGAUUGCGGUUUGCAAGGGCUUUUGGAUCUUUAACAUCUCGGCAGCAGUAUACGCGCAUUCGCUUGUAUGCCUUCAUCGUUCUUGUUCAGGCAAGCAGUGAUACUGAUGACCUUGUUUCUUUCUUCAAUAAUGAGCCUGAGUUUGUCAAUGAAUUAGUUACUUUACUGAGUUAUGAAGAUGCAGUUUCUGAGAAAAUUCGGAUUUUAUGUCUGCUUUCUUUGGUUGCUCUUUGUCAAGACCGAUCCCGCCAACCAGCUGUAUUGACUGCUGUUACAUCUGGUGGACACCGUGGUAUUCUAUCUAGUCUCAUGCAGAAAGCCAUUGAUUCUGUUAUUAGCAAUACCUCAAAGUGGUCUGUUGUGUUUGCUGAGGCUCUACUAUCCCUUGUCACUGCUUUGGUUUCAUCAUCAUCAGGUUGCUCAGCCAUGCGUGAAGCAGGGUUUAUCCCUACUCUUUUACCCCUGCUUAAAGAUACCGAUCCUCAGCAUCUGCAUUUGGUUACUACAUCCAUCAAUAUUCUGGAAGCUUUUAUGGAUUACAGUAAUCCUGCAGCUGCACUGUUCAGAGACUUGGGUGGUUUAGAUGAUACAAUCUCUCGCUUAAAACUUGAAGUUUCUUAUGUGGAAAACAGUCCAAAGCAACUAGUUGAAGACCCUGAUUGUAGUGGGAGGAUUUCACAAGUAGUCGCAGGAGCGUCAACUGAGCUUGAUAAUAUGCAGCCUUUGUAUUCUGAAGCAUUAGUUGCUUAUCAUCGACGGCUACUCAUGAAAGCUUUGUUACGGGCUAUAUCUCUUGGAACAUAUGCCCCUGGAAACACUGCUCGUAUUUAUGGAUCUGAGGAGAGCUUGUUGCCACAAUGCUUAUGUAUCAUAUUCAGACGAGCAAAAGAUUUUGGUGGGGGAGUAUUUGCACUUGCAGCAACUGUCAUGAGUGAUCUAAUUCACAAGGAUCCUACUUGCUUUCCUGUCUUAGAUGCUGCUGGUCUUCCAUCUGCCUUCCUAGAUGCUAUUAUGGAUGGUGUUCUCUGCUCUGCCGAAGCCAUAACAUGCAUACCUCAGUGUUUGGAUGCCUUCUGUCUUAAUACUAAUGGUCUUGCGGCAGUGAAAGAUCGCAAUGCUUUGAGGUGCUUUGUCAAGAUAUUUACUUCUAGAACAUAUUUGCGGUCUCUUACCGGAGAUACUCCUACUUCUUUGUCAAGUGGCUUGGAUGAACUUAUGCGUCAUGCUUCUUCGUUGCGUGCACCUGGAGUGGAUAUGGUGAUUGAGAUCUUGAAUGUUAUACGGAGAAUCGGAACUGGGACUGACACUUCAUCUUUUGCUGCUGAAUCUUCUACCCCUGUUCCAAUGGAAACUGAUGCUGAAGAGCGGAAUUUGAUUCAGCCAGAUGACAGGGAAUCCUCAAGGAGUGAGAGUUCAAAUCAGAUGUCAGAGGUGUCUCCUGAUACUUCUUUAAUGAAUAUUGAAUUGUUCCUUUCCGAUUGUAUUAGCAAUGUGGGCCGUCUUCUUGAAACCAUCCUUCAGAAUGCUGAUACAUGCCGUAUAUUUGUUGAAAAGAAAGGGAUUGACGCUGUCCUGCAGUUGUUUACCUUGCCUUUACUGCCUCUUUCAGCAUCAGUUGGACAGAGCAUUUCUGUUGCCUUCAAGAGCUUUUCACCUCAGCAUUCUGCAUCUCUGGCUCGGGCAGUUUGUUCAUUCCUAAGAGAACAGCUGAAGUCAACAAAUGAACUGUUGGCUUCUAUUGGAGGAACUCAGCUAGCCACUGUUGAAACUGGCAACCAGACUAAGGUUCUGAGAUCUCUUUCUAGUCUUGAAGGUAUAUUGUCUCUUUGCAAUUUUCUUUUGAAGGCCACUACUAGCGUUGUCUCUGAGUUGAGCACUGUAGAUGCUGAUGUAUUGAAAGAUCUUGGGAGGGCAUACAGGGAAAUAAUAUGGCAAAUUUCUUUGUCUAAUGACACCAUGGCUGAUGAGAAGCGGAAAGCUGAUCAAGAGAGUGAGAAUACAGACACUGGUCCAUCAAAUGCUGCUGUUGGAAGAGAAAGUGAUGAUGAUGCUAGUACCCCUGCCGUGAGAUAUAUGAAUCCAGUUUCCAUUAGGAGUGGUUCUCAGUUUCUGGGUGGUGCAGAUCGAGAGUUUCUUUCACUUGUUCGUUCUGGUGAAAGUUUGCACCGUCGUAGUCGACAUGGUUUGUCCCGUUUAAGAGGUGGAAGGAAUGGUCGACACCUGAAUGCUCUGAACAUUGAUUCUGAUUCUUCUCACAGUUUGCCAGAAACAUCAUCAGUCCAGGAUUUGAAAACAAAAAGUCCUGGUCUUCUUGUGAUAGAAAUUCUUAACAAGCUUGCUUUUACAUUGCGGUCCUUUUUCACAGCUCUUGUUAAGGGGUUUACGACACCUUACCGCCGUAGAGCUGAUGUUGGAUCAUUAAGUUCGGCUUCACAGACUCUUGGUAUGGCCCUGGCUAAAGUAUUUCUUGAGGCACUGGGUUUCUCUGGGUAUUCUUCUUCUUCAGGACUUGAUACUUCACUUUCCGUCAAGUGUCGGUACCUUGGGAAAGUUGUUGAUGACAUGGGAGCACUGACAUUUGAUAGUAGGCGGCGAACAUGUUAUACAGGAAUGGUUAAUAAUUUUUAUGUGCAUGGAACCUUCAAGGAGCUACUUACCACUUUUGAAGCUACUAGUCAGUUAUUGUGGACGUUACCCUACUCUAUCCCUACACCUGGUAUUGAACACGAGAAAGCAGGUGAAGCAAAUAAAGUCUCCCAUGGUACAUGGCUGCUUGAUACAUUACAAUGCUACUGCCGUGUGCUUGAGUAUUUUGUUAAUUCUACAUUAUUAUUGUUUGGGAAUUCUACAUCUCAGACUCAGCUGCUUGUUCAGCCAGUUGCUGCUGGCUUGUCAAUCGGCCUCUUUCCUGUUCCUAGGGACCCAGAAACCUUUGUGCGCAUGCUGCAGUCUCAGGUGCUGGAUGUGAUUCUACUGAUCUGGAAUCAUCCUUUGUUUCCUAAUUGUAGUCCUGGUUUUGUGGCUUCUGUUGUUUCUAUUGUCAUGCAUAUAUACUCGGGUGUUGGCGCUGUGAAACGAAAUCGCAGCAAUAUUACAGGAAGUACAAACCAACGUUUCAUGCCCCCAGCACCUGAUGAAGGAACCAUUGCUACCAUUGUUGAGAUGGGUUUUUCUAGGGCUAGAGCAGAGGAAGCCCUCAGACGAGUUGAAACAAAUAGUGUUGAAAUGGCCAUGGAGUGGCUGAUUAGUCAUGCUGACGAUCCUGUGCAAGAGGAUGAUGAACUAGCUCGAGCUCUUGCUUUAUCACUUGGAAAUUCAUCAGAGACAUCCAAAGUUGACAGUGUUGAUAAGCCAAUGGAUGUCAUGACUGAAGAAGGGCGACCUGCAGCACCACCAAUUGAUGAUAUCCUCAAUGCAUCUGUUAAGUUGUUCCAGAGUAGUGAUAACAUGGCAUUUUCAUUGACAGACUUGCUUGUAACACUUUGCAAUCGUAACAAAGGAGAAGACCGUCCAAAAGUGCUAUCAUUUCUUAUUCAGCAGCUGAGGCUCUGUCCAUUGGAUUUUUCCAAGGACUCCAGUGCAUUGUGUAUGAUAUCUCAUAUUGUAGCGCUGCUUCUUUCUGAGGAUGGAAAUACACGUGAAAUUGCUGGCCAGAAUGGUGUAGUACCUGCUGUUCUUGAUAUCUUGAUUGACUUUAAGGCUAAAAAUGACGUGGGAAAUGAAAUUAUGGCACCAAAAUGUAUCAGUGCUUUACUGUUGAUCUUGGAUAACAUGUUGCAGUCCCGUCCAAGAUUGUUUUCUGAGACAGUGGAGGGUACGCAGACAGUAUCUCAGCCAGAUUCAUCUGGGGACCAUGCUUCUUUGACUGUUCCAGAACCAGUGACGGAGAAAAAAUCAGCUUCAGAUGCUAAUGAGAAAGAACCAAUCACUUCAUUUGAGAAAAUAUUGGGUAAAUCUACUGGUUACUUGACUGUAGAAGAAAGUCAGAAGCUGCUGCUUCUUGCUUGUGAACUAAUCAAACAGCACGUUCCAGCAAUGGUGAUGCAGGCUGUUCUUCAGUUAUGUGCUCGCUUGACAAAAACACAUGCUCUAGCUUUGCAAUUUCUUGAGAAUGGAGGCUUAGCUGCUCUCUUUAGUCUUCCAAGAACUUGUUUUUUUCCUGGUUAUGAUACUGUUGCAUCUGCCAUUAUUAGACAUCUCCUUGAAGAUCCUCAGACUUUGCAAACUGCCAUGGAGUUGGAGAUUAGACAGACUUUGAGUGGCAGCAGGCAUGCUGGCCGUGUUUCACCUCGCACAUUUUUAACAUCAAUGGCUCCUGUUAUAUGCAGAGAUCCUGUAGUGUUUAUGAAAGCUGCUACUGCGGUUUGUCAAUUGGAGUCAUCAGGGGGUAGACCCUUUGUAGUUCAAUUGAAGGAAAAGGAGAGAGAGAAAGACAAAUUGAAAGCUUCUGGUGCUGAAGUUGGAUUAGCUUCAAAUGAACCUGUGCGAAUUCCUGAGAAUAAGGUAAAUGAUGGAACAGGUAAGUGUUCCAAAGGCCACAAAAAGAUUCCAGCCAAUCUUGCUCAAGUGAUUGAUCAGCUUCUUGAAAUAGUUCUGAAGUAUCCUUCUGCCAAAGGCCAGGAAGAUAGUGCAACUGGCUUAACUUCUAUGGAGAUUGAUGAACCCACAAGCAAGGUGAAGGGUAAGUCGAAGGUUGAAGAAACUAGGAAAAUGGAGUCUGAAAAUGAAAGAUCUGCAGGGCUUGCUAAGGUGACUUUUGUCCUCAAGUUAUUGAGUGAUAUUCUUUUAAUGUAUGUACAUGCGGUAGGAGUCAUAUUGAAAAGGGAUUCAGAAAUGAGUCAACCCCGUGUUUCUAAUCAAUCAGACUCGUCUGGCAGCCUUGGCAUUGUUCAUCAUAUUUUGCAUAGGUUGCUUCCCUUAUCUGUUGAUAAAUCAUCUGGACUUGAUGAAUGGAGGGACAAGUUGUCUGAAAAAGCUUCUUGGUUUCUGGUGGUUCUGUGUGGCCGUUCCAGUGAAGGCCGUAAAAGAGUGAUUAACGAACUUGUGAAAGCCUUAUCUUCUCUGGCAAAUGUGGAAAGUAAUUCAAUGAAUAGCUCCUUGGUGCCUGACAAAAGGGUUUUUGCUUUUGCUGAUUUGGCAUAUUCAAUUUUGUCAAAGAACUCAUCAUCAAGCAACUUACCUGGCACUGGCUGCUCACCAGAUAUAGCAAAAAGCAUGAUUGAAGGAGGAGUAGUUCAGUGUCUAACCAAUAUUCUAGAAGUGAUUGAUUUGGAUCAUUCUGAUGCACCCAAAACUGUAAGUCUGAUGCUCAAGGCUUUGGAAAGCCUGACUAGGGCUGCUAAUGCAAAUGAGCAGGUUUUCAAGUUUGAAUGUUUCAACAAGAAGAAGUCAUUGUCUUCAAACGGAAGACAUGCUGAUCAGGUAACUAUAUCUGCUGCUGAGGAGACAGAGCACAACCAGAAUGGGGGUGGUCAGCAAGCAGUUGUAGAUGCAGAGACAACUGAACAACAACAUCAAGCUACUUUGCAAAUUGAAGACAAUCACAACGCAAACUCAGAUGAUCCUAUCGAGCAAGAUAUGAGAGUUGAAGUGGAGCCUGUAGCUAGCAGCAGACCAGUGGAACUUGGGAUGGAUUUCAUGCGUGAAGAAAUGGAAGGAGGUGUGUUGCACAAUGCUGACCAAAUUGAGAUGACAUUCCGGGUGGAGAAUAGGGCAGAUGAUGAUAUGGCUGAUGAGGAUGAUGACAUGGCAGAUGAUGGGGAGGAUGAUGAGGAUGAUGAUGAGGGGGAGGAUGAGGAUGAGGAUAUAGCUGAAGAUGGUGCUGGAAUGAUGUCUCUAGCUGAUACUGAUGUGGAGGACCAUGAUGAUACUGGUUUGGGAGAUGACUAUAACGAUGACAUGAUUGAUGAAGAAGAUGAUGACUUUCAUGAGCGGGUCAUAGAGGUAAGGUGGAGGGAGGCCCUUGAUGGGUUAGAUCAUCUGCAGGUACUUGGGCAACCUGGAACUGCAAGUGGUUUAAUUGAUGUGGCUGCUGAACCUUUUGAAGGUGUGAAUGUGGAUGAUCUCUUCGGUCUUCGUAGGCCUGUAGGUUUUGAACGCAGGCGAUCUAAUGGUAGGUCUUCCUUUGAUCGUUCUGUUACAGAAGUAAAUGGCUUUCAACAUCCUCUUCUGUUAAGACCAUCCCAGUCAGGAGACUUGAGCUUGAUGUGGUCAUCCGGUGGGAAUUCAUCCAGGGAUUUGGAAGCUUUCUCAUCUGGGAGUUUUGAUGUUACCCAUUUUUACAUGUUUGAUGCUCCUGGUCUGCCAUUUGAUCAUGCACCAAAUAGCCUGUUUGGUGAUCGAUUGGGUAGUGCAGCACCCCCACCCUUGACUGAUUAUUCUGUAGGCAUGGACUCAUUACAUCUGCAAGGGAGAAGGGGGCCUGGUGAUGGACGGUGGACUGAUGAUGGUCAGCCACAAGCAAGUGCUCAAGCUGCAGCAAUUGCACAGGCUGUAGAGGAACAGUUUGUAUCUCAUUUGCGCAGUACAGCUCCAGCCAACAAUUUAGCAGAAAGGCAGUCACAAAAUUCUGGAGUCCAGGAGUCGCAACCAUCAGAUGCUCCUCCAUCAAAUGAUGGGAAGGCUGUGGUAGAGGGAGAGAACACCAGUAGUCAGCAGAGUGAAGAUCAGCAGCAAGAAAAUAACAAUGGAAUUUCACAGGAACUUAAUCCAACAGGUGAAAGUGUUACAUGUCAAGGGCAGCUGAAUCCUCAGUCUGGUGACAUGGCUGAAUCUAUUCAAAGACAUGAAGGGAUAUUAACUCAAACGUUUUCUUUGAACAAUGCACCAGAUGAGCAUGAUAACAUGGAAAUUGGAGAUGGGAAUGGCACAACAGCUGCUGAUCAAGUAGAGCAAAUUUCUGAAAUGGUUAACUUGCCUGAGGGGGGUUCUGUUGUGCCUGGAAACCUUUCACCACAGGCCAUGGUUGAUGAUGGAUUGUCAGGAGGAGAUGGUCAGGCAGGUAAUCGUAUUUUGACAGGUUCUGGUUCGGAGAUGCCUAGCCCAGGUGAUUCUAAUGGGUCUUCGGUUCAUGAGCGUAUUGAUGUGGACAUGAAUACUGCUAAUGCUGAAGAGAACCAAACUGAUCAAUCAAUUCCUCAUGAAAUUGGUGCAGAGGAGCCAGGCACACUUGAUUCUCAGGAUGCUAAUCAGGCUGAUCAAGCUAGUGCUAAUAUUGAGGGUCCUGGUUCUAAUGCCAUUGACCCUACCUUCUUGGAGGCAUUACCUGAAGAUUUACGGGCAGAAGUUUUGGCUUCCCAACAAGCCCAAUCUGUUCAACCUCCAACUUAUGUACCACCUUCAGCAGAUAAUAUUGACCCUGAGUUCUUAGCUGCUCUUCCACCAGACAUUCAGGCAGAAGUAUUAGCACAGCAAAGAGCACAGAGAGUUGCACAGCAAGCUGAGGGUCAACCUGUGGAUAUGGAUAACGCUUCUAUCAUUGCCACUUUCCCUGCUGAUCUGCGUGAAGAGGUGCUUUUGACUUCUUCAGAAGCAGUUUUGUCUGCAUUACCAUCUCCUUUACUUGCUGAGGCUCAAAUGCUUAGGGAUAGAGCAAUGAGUCAUUACCAGGCACGCAGUUUGUUUGGAGGUAGCCAUAGGCUAAGUAAUCGGAGGAAUGGUUUGGGUUUGGAUAGGCAAACAGUGAUGGACAGGGGUGUUGGAAUUACAUUGGGCCGAAGGCCUGGUUCUACCAUUUCAGAUAGCUUAAAAGUGAAGGAAAUUGAAGGGGAGCCUCUUCUGAACUCCAAUUCUUUGAAAGCUUUAAUUCGCCUUCUACGGCUAGCACAGCCCCUUGGGAAAGGCCUUCUGCAGAGGCUUCUGUUAAAUCUUUGUGCGCAUAGUGCUACUAGGGCAACUUUGGUAAAGCUCUUGCUUGAUAUGAUUAGAUCUGAAGUUGAAGGCUCAAGCAGUGGUUUGUCAACAAUUAAUUCCCAAAGGCUUUAUGGUUGCCAUUCAAAAGUUGUUUAUGGUCGGUCACAGGUGUUUGAUGGUCUUCCACCUCUUGUACUACGUCGUGUUCUUGAAAUUUUGACUUAUUUGGCUACAAAUCAUUCUGCCGUUUCAAAUAUGCUGUUCCACUAUGAUCCUUCAAUUCUUUCUGAGCCUUUGAGCCCCCAAAACCCUGAAACCAAGAAAGAUAAAGGCAAGGAGAAAAUCAUGGAUGGAGAAUCAUCAAAACCCUUGGGAAACUCUCAAGGGGAUAUCCCUCUAAUAUUAUUUCUUAAGCUCUUGAACCGUCCGCUGUUUUUGCUCAGCACUACCCAUCUUGAGCAGGUUGUAGGCUUGCUUCAAGUGGUUGUCUACACAGCAGCAUCAAAAUUAGAAAGCUGGUCACUCUCUCAUUUAGCUGUUGAUAAUUCAAGUUCUCAGAACCUGCUCAAUGAAGAAGCUUCUGGUGAUGCACAUAAGGACCUUUCUUUGACAGAACAAGAGUCUAAUCAAGAGAAGCGGACCAAUGCUGAAUCCUCUGGAUCUAAAGGCAAUAAAAAUGUGGACUUUCAUAAUAUUUUCUUGCAGCUACCAGAAUCUGAUUUGUGCAAUUUGUGUAGUCUUCUUGGUCGUGAGGGGUUGUCAGAUAAAGUUUAUAUGUUAGCUGGUGAGGUGCUGAAGAAACUGGCAUCAGUUGCUGUGACCCAUCGGAAAUUCUUUACCUCAGAGCUUUCAGAAUUAGCUCAUGGUUUGAGUAGUUCGGCUGUCAAUGAGCUUGUAACACUGAGGAAUACACAGAUGCUGGGUCUUAGUGCAGGUUCCAUGGCAGGAGCUGCUAUUCUACGUGUGCUACAAGUGCUUAGCUCACUCACUUCAACUAAUGUUGGUGAUGAUACACCUGAGGGUGGUGAUGAUGAACAGGAAGAGCAAGCUACCAUGUGGAAGUUAAAUGUAUCAUUAGAGCCAUUGUGGGAAGAAUUGAGUAAUUGUAUUGGCAUGACUGAGGCACAGCUGGCUCAGAGCUCACUCUGUCCAACUGUAUCUAAUAUAAAUGUUGGGGAGCAUCUUCAAGGAGCAUCCUCGUCAUCACCACUUCCUCCUGGGACUCAGAGACUUCUUCCUUUCAUUGAGGCCUUCUUCGUUUUGUGUGAAAAGCUACAUGCCAAUCAUUGUAUCAUGCAACAAGAUCAUGUAAAUGUGACUGCACAAGAAGUAAAAGAGUCUGCUGAGUGUUCUGUUACCUUACCCUCUAAAUGCGGUGGGGAUUAUCAGAAGAAGCUUGAUGGUUCUGUCACAUUCGCAAGGUUUGCCGAGAAGCAUCGUAGACUUCUGAACGCUUUUGUUAGGCAAAAUCCUGGCUUGCUAGAAAAACCGCUAUCUAUGUUGCUGAAAGCUCCAAGGUUGAUCGACUUUGAUAACAAGAGAGCAUAUUUCCGUUCAAGAAUAAGGCAACAGCAUGAACAGCAUCUUGCUGGUCCACUGCGGAUAAGUGUGCGGCGGGCAUAUGUUUUGGAGGACUCUUACAAUCAAUUACGAAUGCGACCUACUCAGGAUCUGAAAGGUCGCUUGAACGUGCAGUUUCAAGGGGAAGAGGGCAUUGAUGCCGGUGGACUGACUAGAGAAUGGUAUCAGUUACUCUCAAGGGUCAUAUUUGAUAAAGGUGCAUUACUUUUUACUACUGUGGGGAGCAAUGCAACUUUCCAGCCAAAUCCCAAUUCUGUUUACCAGACCGAGCAUCUUUCUUACUUCAAAUUCGUUGGUCGCGUGGUUGCAAAGGCACUAUUUGAUGGUCAACUUUUGGAUGUUUAUUUUACUCGAUCCUUCUACAAGCACAUUCUUGGUGUUAAGGUGACCUACCAUGAUAUAGAGGCAGUUGAUCCUGAUUAUUACAAGAAUCUGAAGUGGAUGCUGGAGAAUGAUGUAAGCGACAUUCCUGACCUGACUUUCAGCAUGGAUGCUGAUGAAGAGAAGCACAUACUUUAUGAAAAAACUGAGGUCACUGAUUAUGAGCUCAAACCUGGAGGAAGAAAUAUCAGGGUUACUGAAGAAACAAAACAUGAAUAUGUAGACCUUGUUGCUGAUCAUAUCUUGACAAAUGCUAUCCGUCCUCAAAUCAAUUCCUUCCUUGAGGGAUUUAAUGAAUUGGUGCCACGUGAACUCAUUUCAAUUUUUAAUGAUAAAGAGCUCGAGUUACUAAUCAGUGGACUUCCUGAAAUUGAUUUGGAUGAUCUAAAGGCUAACACAGAGUAUACUGGCUAUACGGCUGCAUCUCCUGUUAUUCAAUGGUUUUGGGAAGUUGUUAAAGCUUUUAGUAAAGAGGACAUGGCAAGAUUGCUUCAGUUUGUAACUGGAACAUCAAAGGUGCCAUUGGAGGGUUUUAAGGCACUGCAGGGUAUCUCUGGUCCACAAAAAUUUCAGAUUCACAAGGCUUUUGGAGCUCCUGAGCGGCUGCCUUCUGCCCAUACAUGCUUUAAUCAGUUAGAUCUUCCUGAGUAUUCAUCAAAGGAACAGCUUCAGGAACGUCUGCUGCUGGCUAUCCAUGAAGCUAGUGAAGGGUUUGGCUUUGGAUGAACAGAGUUUGUAUUACGAUGAAGUCAAUGUCCCUGCAAUGCCGGCAGUCCAUUUAAAGAUCUAUAUUGAAUAUAAGCUUUUUCAUUAGAUUUUGGUUGGUGAAGAGAAGGUAGUAAUGUUGACAAUGGGAUAUGGCAUGCUCAAAAUGAUGUAGAAAUGGAGGGGAAGGUUGGUUGUGCUGCCUUUAUAAUUUCAAAAGUGGAGAGCUUAUAUUCUAGACAAACACUGAAGAGGAUAAAAGAUGAUAUUUUUUUGUAGUUGAUUGAAUGAUGGUUCUUUCUUCUAUUGUUAAUAUUUUUAUCUAAUUCUUGAAAAUGGCUGCCUAUAUUUCUCUUUUUGGAUCAGCCCAUCUCUCUCUAGACCUCAACUACUUCUUAGUAGUUCAUUUAAUAAUAAUAUAGCGAUUGUUUAUAUUAUCAUAUCAAA